UAGUGGAGCAUUUGCACGUGUGAGUGUGGUGUGCCUCCUUAAUCUGAAAGAAAACAGCAACUCGGUAGGCAGCCUCCAAAACCAUCUCUCACGAGCUCGCCGCCUCCGCCACCGUCGCGGUCCGCCGGCAAUGGAGGGCGUCCACAGCCUCCUCGCUCGGCCCAACUCCGCGCCAUUCGCCUUCUCCCUCCCGCCCCCGUGCCGGCGCCCCAAGCUGCAGCCGCCGGCGCCUACCCCCCUCGCGUGCCGCGCCGCGAGCCGCUGGGCCGACCGCCUCUUCGCCGACUUCCACCUCCUCCCCAACGCCGCUUCCGCCCCGCCCGACCCGACGGCCGCGGCCUCCUCCUCCGCGUCCCCGUUCGUGCCGCUCUUCGCCGACGCCGCCGACCGCGCCGUCCCCCUCCCAGUCGACUUCUACAAGGUUCUCGGUGCGGAGCCACAUUUUCUAGGCGAUGGAAUUAGGAGGGCCUUUGAGGCACGGAUAGCCAAGCCACCUCAGUAUGGAUACAGCACAGAUGCUCUUGUUGGCCGCCGGCAAAUGCUGCAGGUUGCCCAUGAUACUCUCACAAACCAGAGCUCCCGUACCGAGUACAACCGUGCACUUUCUGAGGACCGUGAUGUGGCACUCACCAUGGAUGUUGCCUGGGAUAAGGUUCCAGGUGUGCUGUGUGUGCUUCAGGAGGCUGGGGAGGCACAGAUAGUGCUUGCAACUGGAGAGCAGCUGCUUCAGGACCGGCCGCACAAGUGGUUCAAGCAGGAUGUGGUGCUUGCGAUGGCAUUGGCCUAUGUGGACCUAUCAAGAGAUGCGAUGACAGCAAACCCUCCAGAUGUAAUCCGCUGCUGUGAGGUGCUUGAGAGGGCGCUCAAGCUCCUGCAGGAGGAUGGUGCAAGCAAUCUUGCACCUGAACUGCUUGCACAGAUUGAUGAAACUUUGGAGGAGAUUACACCUCGUUGUGUAUUGGAGCUUCUUGCUCUUCCUAUUGAUGAAAUACAUAAAAAUAAACGCCAAGAAGGUCUGCAAGGUGCAAGAAACAUAUUGUGGAGUGUUGGUAGAGGUGGUAUUGCUACUAUUGGAGGAGGAUUUUCUCGCGAGGCCUUCAUGAAUGAGGCUUUUUUGCGGAUGACGUCAGCUGAGCAGAUGGAUUUCUUCUCUAAAACACCGAAUAGCAUACCACCUGAAUGGUUUGAAAUCUAUAGCGUGGCACUUGCACAUAUUGCUCAAGCAAUUGCUAGUAAAAGACCACAAUUCAUCAUGAUGGCAGAUGACCUUUUUGAACAACUUCAGAAGUUCAAUGUAGGUUCUCAAUAUCCUUAUGAUAACGAGAUGGACCUCGCACCGGAAAGGGCGCUUUGCUCGUUACUGGUGGGAGAUAUUAGCAAUUGCAGAAUGUGGCUUGGCAUUGACAGUGAGUCCUCGCCAUAUAGAGAUCCCAAAAUUAUCGAAUUUGUUGUGAAUAACUCUAGCAUCGACGAAGAGAAUGAUCUUCUUCCAGGGCUUUGCAAGCUUUUGGAGACUUGGCUUGUCUCCGAGGUUUUCCCAAGAAGCAGAGAUACUCAAGGCAUACAAUUCAGACUUGGAGAUUAUUACGAUGACCCGAAAGUUUUAAGCUACCUAGAAAGGAUGGAAGGUGGUGGUGCUUCUCAUUUGGCUGCAGCUGCUGCUAUAGCAAAACUUGGCGCUCAAGCCACAGCUGCACUUGGUAAGGUGAAAUCAAGUGCUCUUCAAGCAUUCAGCAAGGUUUUCCCGUUGAUCGAACAGUUAGAUAGGCCAGGCACGGAUAAUCCUAGCAAUGAUCUCAAGAAAUCUCUUGAAAAACUUGCCGAGCAAAGUGUUGCUGGAAGUGCCAUCCACGAUUCCAAAAAUGCAGCUUUGAAGAUUAUCUCUGCUGGCGCAUUUUUCGCGCUAUUUGCAGUAAUAGGCCUGAAGUUCUUGCCUCGUAAGAAGUCACUUCCUGCUAUUAGGAGCGAGCAUGGCUCUGUUGCAGUUGCUAAAGUUGCUGACUCUGUUGAUGAUCCAGUAGUAUAUGAAGAGCCAGUAGAAAUUCCUAGAAUGGAUGCAAAGUUGGCUGGAGAUAUUGUUAGCAAGUGGCAGAGUAUCAAAUCCAAGGCUUUGGGGCCGGAUCAUUUUGUUGCGGCAUUGCAAGAGGUUCUUGAUGGCAAUAUGCUGAAGGUAUGGACCGAUCGAGCUGCAGAGAUUGAGCGCCAUGGCUGGUUCUGGGAGUACACACUAUCUGAUGUGACGAUUGAUAGUGUCACUGUCUCCAUGGAUGGUCACCGGGCAACUGUGGAGGCGACGAUUGAGGAGGUGGGUCAACUUACCGAUGUACCAGACCCUAAGAACAACGAUUCAUAUGACACUAAGUACACCACUCGGUAUGAGAUGUCCUACUCGAAAUCGGGAGGCUGGAGGAUAACCGAAGGGGCAGUCCUCAAGUCAUAGAACGGUGUGCAGUAGAAGUAGCUUAAUUCCCUUUUCAGUUUUGUAAUGUAAAUAAACAGUGUGAGUGCAGGCUGUUUUCAGUAUUUUAGAGAGUUUGGUUAGGCCGAUAGGCGAUUGAGUCCUCCAGUCAAGAAUUGUGCUUAUGCGUCGUGAAGGGGAUGCAUUAUUAGUAGUAUCGGUAAUUUGGUAUUGUCUCUAUGUGAGAUCCUUGGAAACAAACAGUGGUAGAUGCGCAGAUCAGAUCGCUGCGGAGACAGUAUUGUUGGGUCAGAUCCUGUAACGAAAAGGCAGUACAAGAUGAGAUUCUAUCGGAGGGCAUGAGUGCAUCACUGCUUGCUUCAUCAGACAAGUUUAACUGUUUAAGAUCAUCUUCAAGAUCGUAUGAUAUCGUCCUUUGCCUGUGAGCUGUGAUUCAGACCAUUUCUCGUUUGGGCAUGUUCAUCUUUCCUAGAUUUGUCCAAGGAGAAUGAUACUUUAUUAGAUUCGCCUAGAAAGAUACUUUUGCAGUAUAAAAAUACAAGGUGUAUUAUAUUUUAA